CUUUGGACCGCCCAAACACAUCACGACCCUAACACCGCCCUCACCGGCUGCUCGAAGAGCACCGCUACUCCGCUCCUUCCAAAGCUUCCUAUAAGACUCCAACCUCUCUGGUUUUCGCCCGAAAGAAGCAGCAUUGACUGUUGCUUCGCCUUUGCCUUGCGCUAGCUUUCCCAACACUACCGCCUACAGCUUCUUACGAUCCAAUUCUAAUCACCGUUAUCAACCAUGGCCAGAGACAGACUUGCAGCUCUGAGGGCGCAACAAGGAGGAGGGUACAAUGUCGAAACCGACUCAUAUCCUAUGCAAUCUCAGCGGACGACACCAUAUGGUCAGCAGAGCAACGACAGCCUCGACUCGACCCUCAAAGACAGCACCACCGCCCUCACCCAGCCGGUUGGCAUGGAUGGCAUGUCGGCGUUCUACAGCGAGAUCUCCUCCAUCCAAGACGACCUCCGCACCUUCAAUGACAACGUCUCGCGCAUCUCGGAUCUCCACUCGCGCUCGCUAGACAACACAGACGAUGCUGCUGCGCAGCGCGUCGAACAGCAGCUCGAAGACCUCGUCGCGGACACUAGCGCUCUGAGCAGCGUACUCAAGCGGAGAAUCAAGACGCUCGAGAGACAGCCAGCAUCGGGGCGUGAUGGGCAAAUUCGGAAGCAGCAGACUGGUCUCGUCAAGCAGAAGUUCGUGGAGGCUAUUCAGAACUAUCAAAGCGUGGAGCAACAGUAUCGGACGAAGUACAAGCAGCGCUUGGAACGUCAAUUCAAGAUUGUGAAACCUGAUGCAACACCGGAGGAGGUUAAGGCAGUUGUCAGCGAUGAUCAGGGCGGCCAAAUCUUCAGCCAGGCGCUCAUGAACUCUAAUCGGUACGGUGAGGCGCGGUCAGCAUAUCGUGAAGUUCAGGAACGACACGAGGACAUUAAGCGGAUCGAGAAGACCCUGACGGAGCUGGCUCAACUCUUCAAUGAUAUGAGCGUGUUGGUUGAGCAGCAAGAUGAGACAAUAAACGUCAUCGAGACAACGGCAGCUACUGUGGAGAAGGAUACCGAAGUGGGAUUGGGAUACACCGAGAAAGCGGUCGAUUCGGCUCGCGCUGCGCGCAGGAAGCGAUGGAUUUGCUUUGCUCUUUUCCUGGUCAUCAUCGCCAUAAUCGCCAUCGUUGUCGCCGUCGAAGUCACCAAAGCCGUUGGCAACAACAAGAAAAAUUGAUGGCGAGCGAUGGGAGGAUCAUGUAUCAUAUUUCUCGUAUCUUCGGACAGGACUAUCUCUUUUAGUAUAUCGUCAACCAUCUGUUCAUCUCGGAUCCACAGUGCACGGUGAUUAUUUCAGGACACAAGCUAUACCUGGCAUCUGUUCGCAAACGCCUUUGUUUGUCUCUGUAACUACCACCUUCACGCUGCUUAAUCGCCCGUCAUUGGCUGGAUUCUCGUUUCCGUGGUUGCGGCUCGUUGCGGCGUCCUUGUACAUAAAGGUCUUGAUAGGCAUUGGCUUUCGUGAGUUAGCAGCUCUGGCGUCAGUCUUCGGGUCUUCCGACAACGUGCAUUCCGCGACGGUUGCAUGCUUCGCUUGCGA